GUCCAGCAUCAAUCGUUACACAGUCCUCACAGCCAAUCCAAUCCAAUCAAUCUAUUAAUUGUUCGUUCGUUCGGCAAUCAAUUCAAUCAAUCAAUCAAAAUGAAGUUCUCCACUGUCGCUGCUACCGCCGUCUUGGCCGGAUCUGCCGUUGCUGCCCCAGGUACUGCUUUGAGACAAGCACGUGCCGUCAAGCGCGCUGCUGGCACCCACGGUAACCCAGUCAAGUACGUUCAAGGACCAUCUUCCGAGGUUACCAACAAAACCGAUGUUUCCUACUCUUCCAACUGGGCUGGUGCCGUCCUCGUCGGCACUGGUUACACUUCCGUAACUGGUACCUUUACUGCUCCAUCCCCAUCCACUGCUGGAUCCGGAUCCGCAUGGGUUGGUAUUGACGGUGACACCUGUGGUACUGCCAUUCUCCAAACUGGUAUUGACUGGACCAAGUCUGGUUCUUCCAUCACCUAUGAUGCUUGGUAUGAGUGGUACCCAGAUUACGCAUACGACUUCAGCGGUAUCUCCAUCUCCGCUGGUGACACCAUCAAGGUCACUGUUACCGCCUCCUCCAAGACUACUGGUACCGCCAUUGUCGACAACGUUACCAAGGGCAAGAGUGUUUCCCACACCUUCACCGGUGGUGUUGACGGAGACCUUUGCGAGUACAAUGCCGAGUGGAUCGUUGAAGAUUUCGAGGAGGGCAACUCCCUCGUCGAAUUCGCCAAUUUCGGUACCGUUACCUUCACUGGUGCUUCUGCCGUCAAGUCCGGAACCACCGUCGGUGUUACCGGUGCUACCAUCAUCGACCUUGAGCAAAACUCGGUCCUCACCGACUGUUCCCUUGUUGGAAGCACUGGUGUUACUUGCAAAUACGUUUAAAUAACGAUUGUUUGAUGUGAUCUUGAGCCUGAAUUCCUUUGCUCAUAUGAUUUGCGAUAAAAUAUUGGUUGGACCCCUGGAAUUUGAUUGGUCUGGGGGGGUGGACUUACCUUAUUGUCUUUCGCUAAAAGAAAAUGGUGGUAUUUGGAUGAUGAAAUGAGAUUAUGAAAAAGGGGGCUGCACUCCCCAACUUUGAGCGACGGCUCUUUUUCGUGGGAGGGGCAUGGUAUUGGCUUGGUGGUUUUUAGCUUGGUUUCUUUAUGUCCAUAGUUUUGUCUGGUCAAAAAAAAUGAAGCACAUACUCUCUUGAUUUCCA